GCUAUCGACAAGAAAGAUCGUUCUUUCUUUGAACGUAAAGCUGCUUGUUUUAACGUCAACAAAUGUAAACUAAGAUGCAUUGGUUAGAUUUCUUGUGGUAAACUGUGAAGCGGUGCCUUUUAAAGGCAUUUAUCAAAAGACAUCAGCGUACACCAGUUUCGUCACAGUUGCUGAACACAUAAAUAUGGGCAAAAGGAUUCUGCUACAGCUGUUGGCUUGCUUAUUAUUUUUGUCUGACGUCCAAUGCAAAAACAAUUCGUUUGGAGCAAUUAUAUUAGGGCAGGAAAGAGACUGUAUCAAUUAUUAUUGCCGCUACACCGGGCGAAUAUAUGGAUAUUUUUGGCAUCCUUACAAGCGUCUGCCCCCUGAAGUCAAGUUUGAACCCACUGUCCGCAUUGAACCCCGAUGCUGCAAGAAUGGUUUUAUUGAACAAUGUCAAAAUGUUUCAGACUAUAGCACGGCUUGCCCGCUCUGGACGGUCGAUACCGAGAAGGAAUCGUGCGAUGAAGCAGCAAUACGGUUUCUGUGCUCCUGCAAGAAAGGCAUUCCAUACUAUUUUGCUUUUAAUCCAUAUUAUUGUGUGUCGCAAGGAAGGUACUUUGUUCGCAUGUUUCUAGCCACGGAAGGACUUGAUACACUUUCAACUCAUUAUGAAGCGUUAAGCAAUAUCUUUGACGUUCGUAAUCAUCCAGAAAAGUGUGAGAAGAGGGAUAGAGAAAGACAAAACGCCGUCACUCUAAAAGAUAAAGAAGCGGCCAUGCAGUUAAAGGCCAUUGACUUAAAUGAGAAAGAUUAA